AGAUGAAUGUCAGGCAGUAAGUAAUUACUGGAUUAAGACAAUUUGACCAAUUGGGCAUCGUAAUCUGAUAUAGAUUCAGUGAAUCGUGUUUAGGCAAUGAUACCCUCAUUAUGUUCAAAUAUAACUUUUUAUUAUCCUCAGGGAAAAUAGUGAUGUGAAAAGAAUGAUUGCUGAAUGCAAACCAGUGAAAUGGAAAACUAUUGUCAUUCAGAAAGUCAGUGUAUAUUCCUUUCAAUAUAUGUUUGUGUGCGUAAAGUAAUAUUUUUGGACUAAACAUUUGAAGUUUUGUUGUAAGAUUGGGUUGGAAUAGUUAACGCGAUAACAGUCCGUGUUUUGUUGGUGACUAGAAUUUUCCCAUUUCUUAUCAUAUCGUCAUCAUGGAGAUAAAAACACUGUUUUCAAUCAAAAUAUAAGCUGGAUACAUACUGCCUCUAAACUGCUAAACGCUUAAAUUAGUGUUGAUAUGUUGAGAUGAAUCUUAUCUGCUUUGUGAUAUCCCAGACACAGUAUACCAGGGGAAUGUAUGGCAUCAACUAAAAUGUAGUGUUGAUAUGCUGAGAUGAAUCUUAUCUGCUAUAUGAUGUUCCAAUCAGGGCGUAGCAGGGGACAGUGUGGUACCAACUGUGACUGUAGUGUUGAUAUGUUGAUAUAAAUCUUAUCUGCCAUGUGAUAUUCAACACAGAGUGUCCAAGGGGAAAGUAUAGCAUCAACUAAAACUGUAGUGUUGAGAUAAAUUUUAUCUGCUAUGUGAUAUUCCACACAGAGUGUCCCAGGGGAAAGUAUGGUAUCAACUGUAACUGUAGUGUUGAUAUGUUGAGAUGAAUAUUAUCUGCCAUGCGAUAUUCCACACAGAGAGUCCCAGGGGAAAGUAUGGUAUCAACUGUGACUGUGGCCACUGUGCUGAUAACAUAACAUGCCAUCACGUCACUGGAACCUGUCCAGGUGGAUGUCAGGCAGGGUGGAAACUCCCUCUGUGUCAGACAGUUUGUGACAGUGGGAAAUUCGGGUUGAACUGUGAGCGGGACUGCGGCCACUGUAACGGGACGUGUGAUGUUGUUCAUGGACAAUGUCCCUGGGGAUGUACCGAGGGGUACAAUGGCUCUCACUGCUCAGUAAAGCUUUGUAUAUCCAGAUAUAUAGCAUCACUGAGGGAAUGGGAUUCGGCAGUCACCCCUGUAAUAGCUGGUGUGAUCGGCUUGGUUGCUGGGAUAUGCCUCACAGUGCUUCUUGGAGUUGGACUACACAUUGGCCUGGUAAGACAAGGGAGAUUGCAGUGGAUAAACUCUUCUCAGAAGGAUGAGAUGAAAGUCAGGGCCACGUCAACCCAAGCGGACAGGAACUCUACAGAGCCGUCAGACAACUACACAUCCAUAUCCGAGCAGGCUAGUGGCCGCAACAUCUACAACAAUGACUAUUCUACACUGGACGUCGAGGCCAAGUCGAACAAUGACUAUGACGUCAUUAAGAACAAGGCUUAUGGAAAUAUGUAGAGAGCAUAUCGUAGUAACAGAAUAGCUUAAUAUUUAACUUGCUAUUCCAAUUGGUAACAUUCUGUUCACGAUACUUAUGUCAAUAUUUGAACAGCUGACGAAGGUGAAGUCAGCAAGUUUGAGGCAAAACAAUAAGUUUGGAAGC